AUGACAACGCCCAACACAGACCACAACGGAAAGCACAACAGCCCUCCCACCCAGCAACCGUGGAGCCAGCGCUCCCCAUGGGGCGAAAUCCAGGAUCAAAACCCAAGGAUGGCGCACAAAAAGCGGGUCGGAAAACAAAUGCGGAGAGGGAGAGGAUAGCUGCGCAGCAGAAGAACCAGGCGGCCGCGUUCGCAAGGAUGCUUUCCCGGCACCCGCAAGCCCAGCCAUCAUUAAAGCGGCCACGGGUGAGUGAAGACCAAAGUGGGGAGGGAAGCAGUGCGGAUGCUAGAAGCGCGUCAUCCGCCGGCGAUGUCGACGCUAGUGGGGGUUCGGGUGGUUCAUCAAGCCCGGCGGCACCAACCAUAGGCGAGUCCACUCCACCUCCCGCCGGUACACAACAGCAGUCGCCUCCUCGCUUGGACGAUGAGGGUGACCACUCUCGAGUAGAUUGAGACGAAGCUCGGGCACCACCAUUCUUAACCGUAGGAGAAGGAUCCCCAACAGCACCAACAGAGCUCGUAGCAACAACAACAACAACAACAACAACAACAACAGCAGCACGGCAGCGGAAGUAGCCGCC